UUAUUUGUUUGUUUAUUUAUUCAUUCAUAUAUUUAUUCAUUUAUUUAUUUACUGAUUCAUUUAUUCAUUUAUUAAUUUGAUUUUUAGAUGAAGACUCUGGUUCUGAUCUUUUGCGGUCUGGCUGUGGCAGCCGCCACUCCCGAAUGGGAAACCUUCAAGACUACGUACACCAAAUCCUACGCCAAUGCCAUCGAGGAAGCGUACAGGAUGGGUGUCUUCUUGGAGAAGGUGAAGUACAUCGAGGAGUUUAACAAGCUCUACGAGAAGGGAGAGAAGUCCUACUUCCUCAGAAUCAACAAGUACAGUGACCUGACCCACGAGGAACUCCUGGCCCAGAUGACCGGAGGAUUCGAGAGGAGGGUUGAGCCCCCUACCGAACCUCCCAUGGAGGUGUCCCUCGAAGGAGUUGCUGAAUCUGUUGACUGGAGGACCAAGGGAGCUGUCACCCCCGUGAAGGAUCAGGGACAGUGUGGUUCAUGCUGGGCCUUCUCUGCCGUUGCCUCUUUGGAAGGCAUGCACUUCCUGAAGUACGGAGAACUCGUCAGCCUCUCCGAGCAGAAUCUAGUCGACUGUUCCUGGGCCUACGGAAACUAUGGAUGCGGAGGCGGUUGGCCUUAUGCUGCCUACCAGUACAUCAGAGACAACGGCGGAAUCGACACCGAGUCUUCAUACCCCUACUACGCUAUUGACCAGAACUGCAAUUACGACCCUUCAUCCAUUGGCGCCACUGUCUCGUCCUACGUCGAACCAGCCUCUGGAAGUGAGUCCGCCCUUCAGAAAGCUGUCCACGAUGAAGGCCCCGUCAGCGUUUGCAUCGAUGCUGGUCAGCCUUCCUUCGGCAGCUACGGAGGCGGUGUUUACUACGAACCCAGCUGUGACACAUACUACGCCAACCACGCCGUGACCGCCAUCGGCUACGGCACAGAAGGAGGCUACGAAUACUGGCUGGUCAAGAACUCCUGGGGCAACAGUUGGGGCGAGUCAGGUUACAUCAAGAUGGCCAAGAACGAGGGCAACAUGUGUGCCAUCUCCACCUACUCUGUGUACCCUGUCGUUUAAUGAGUCUGAAUACUUUGGUGAGCGCCUUAUUUUUUAUUUUUUUCUUCUUCUUCCAUCUCAAGGCGCCAGCAAGUUCCAAUGAAUAAAUAAAAUAUUGCAGACAA